AAUUGCUACCAACUGGAAAAUGAAUUGUUAAUCCGUUUUACCAAAGCUUUCGUGAUAAAUUCUGGUGAUAAGUAUAUAUUAAUGCAUAAGAAAAUAAAGGGUAUUUUCUUACCAAUAAGACUAUUACAAAAAAAAAAAUAUAAUUUUCGGGGUAUUUAAACAAUUAAAGGCCAUAAUAUUAGGGAAUAACGUCAUUUUUACCGUUGUCCCGUCGUAACAAAGAACAUAUCAUACACUAUGUUUUUCUAUAAAAUUCCGCGAAAUCUUAACGUAAUUCUACGAAAUUUUGUAAGAAUGUUCUAUGACGUCAUAUGAAGACGUAACGGUAAUUAUGGCUGUCUACGUUGAUGAGAUGGGUGUAAGAAGCUACUUGAACAAAAGCCUGUGAAGGUGUCCCAUUCCAAAAAAGUUAAAUCUUCCAGUUCUUCAUUGAGAUAAAAUGAAAAAUUUAUCAGGAACAGAGAGAAAGUUGUAUUAUUUACAAAAGAAACAGAAGAAAAGAUUGGAACAAAAACGCAAAUCAUGGGCGAAAAACAAAGACAAAUAUAAAGAAGAUCGACGGGUCCAUCACAAAAUUGAGAAAAGUAUAACGGAAGUCGCAUUAAAGAAAAGAAAGCAACGAGAAAAACAGAGUCAGAUUAAAUUAAAGGAGAGAAAUAGGAAAAGAUUAUAUCGAGAAAAGAUUAAAGAGGCAACAUCAGACAUUCAGGAAACGCAACUUAAUAAUGAAAAAAGGACGCCCUAUAAUAACAGAAUGGCACAAUGGAGGGCAUUGCGCAAAGUAAAAGAAUCGCUUCCGUCAACACCUCAAAAGCGUGCAACUAUUUUGUCAGAAUGCACAAAAGACCCCAAUUCACCAACAGUAAAAAUUUUGAGAGACAUGAAUGUAAUUACUAGUCCUGAGGAAAAAGUCGAGCAUGCUACAAAUUCUGCAAUUAUCGAAAAUUUACAAGAAAUAAUUUCGACUACGAAAAAACAGCGAUCUAAAACGGCAGUGACCGUUAUGGAAGUUAUUACUACAUCCGUUAGUUCUGAGAAAAUAAAUAAAAAACAAGUGAGUAGAAGCCUCGGUCUGAGUAGCAAAAGACUAAGUAGAGGAAAAAGGCAUCGAGCAACUGUUCUUAAAACAGACGCCGCAUGUUGGAAUUUUACCAACAGAAAAACUAGAUCAGACGCUAUUAAUGAUGAUCACAAAAAAAUUGUUUACAAUUUCUGGACUUCUCCGGGUAUUUCAAGGCCGACGGGAAAUAAAAAUGACGUGAAAAGAAUGAGAACAGGACGGAAACAAUUUGUUUCUCAUGCACUAUAUGUUUUGGAAAAGACACAGACAGAAGUUUAUAUAGAAUUCAAAGAGAUGAAUCCUCAAAUUAAAAUUUCACAACGUGCCUUUGAAAAAUUAAAGCCGUUUUUUGUGCAACAUGUCCGACCUAAAGACAAACAAACAUGUUGCUGUCGGUACCAUAUUGAAAUUCGCGGUAUGUUUAGAUGCUGCAUGGAAUACAGACGUAAAGUACUGCAAACCAGACCAGAAUUAGUUGAAGAAUUUAAGGUUUACGAAAAUUUAAAUGAACUAAUCAAUGAUACACUAUGUUCAAACUCGGAAAAUAAUGGUCAAAAACUUCAAUGUUUGCAAAGAAAUUGUGAAAAAUGUGGGAUAAAAACUUUAAAACUUAUGGAAGAGGAAAAAUCUAGAGAUGAAAAUUUACCGGAGGUACAUUGGGAGAAAUAUGAAUAUGUCGAUGUAAAACGAGGUUCAAAAGUUGUUCGAAAACUUAUGCUCGUCAAAAGAAAAACGAACCCGUAUGAAAUGUUUACAUACUUUUUACAGAUUCUGAGUAGUUUUCCGUACCAUCAAUUUAGCGCCACAUGGCAAUCGGCACAGUUGCGCUCGCUACUGGAUAAUUUACCACAACAUCACUGCGUGGCAAUAAAUGACUACUCGGAAAGUUAUAGAUGCUUCGAUAGAAAUGAAAUACAGUCGGGAUAUUUUCAAAAGAUUGAAGUAUCGAUACACGUAUCACUCCUUUAUAGACAUGCAAUUCUGGAGAUUGACGGAGUGGAGAGUACAGCUGAUGAUCCAGUAAUUAUAAAGGAAGAGUUUUUCGUGAUAAGUGAAGACGAUAAACGCGACCACUAUUUUACACACUAUGUACAGAAAUCAAUCGCAGAUUAUUUGCAAGAAAUAAAUUACAGCCCUAAAAUAAUGCAUGAAUUCAAUGAUGGGUGUGCUGUGCAAUACAAGAGCAGGCACUGUUUUGGUGUCUUAGCAUCGACAGUCUCUGACUUGGGUUAUGAGACAAUGAUUCGAAAUUUCUUCGAAACGGCUCAUGCAAAAGGAGCUCAGGAUGCAGCUGGAGGAUAUAUUAAACGUGAGGCGGAUCUCUCUGUAAUUCGAGGAAGAACGGUCAUACAAAAUGGUAAAGACCUCUAUAACUUUUGUGAAAAAAAUUUGAGGCACCCGAAAUCCGGGAGUUCAAAUUGCAAACGUAGGAUUUUUAGGUAUGUAGAAUUUAUUCCUCGAGAUGUGGCGCAACAAUUUAGAAGUAUUGCGGACAUUAGAAAAGUUCACAGUGUGCGAACAACAAAUGAGGAAUCGGAGAUAGUUUUAACAAACUUGUCGUGUUACACAUGUGAGCAGUGCAUUGACGAAAAUUACUCAUCUUGUCAAAACUUGGGAAUACGAGGAAAUACUCGGCGCCUCAAAAUGACCAGAGAAGUUCCGAGUACACAUGGAGAGCAAAUUUUGGCCGAAACCGAAUCGUUACUUGAUUUAAUAACUGCUAACACGAUAGUUGCAGUUGUUGCAGACGACGACGAUGCCGACUACUACUUAAUGAAAGUUCUUGGUGAACCAGAGAUUUUGAUAGAUGACUUUACAGAUCACUGGGGGAUAACUUUCCCAAGGGGAGCUAAAAUAAUUCGUGGAUAUUACUUUGACAUAGUUGACAAGAAAAAACACCUCUAUAAACUUGUGCCAAAGCGCACUGCAUUAAACUACGCUGUUUCAGUUAAGUUUAUUUUGACUGAGUCUGAAAUUAUGGCCUCUGGAAAAAAGAUACAGUUGAAUGAAGACAUUCAUCUGGAUAUUCUAGAAGCUCUCGAUGAAUUCUGAUUAAUAAAAAAAACAAAUCAUUGAAAAAGUUAUUUUUGAAUUUAAAGUUAUUAAGAUAUAAAG